GGUUGAUCCAUCCCCGUGAUAUAAGUGAUAGUGAUAUCAUCAUCUCGUUCUCAUCACACACAUUCUGCUCUCCCCCACAAGCAAACCACACACGCCAAACCUCGCAAGCUCCUCAAGCUCCUCAAGCCUUGACAAUGGCCAACUUCGAGAUCCCAAGCGAGCAAUGGGCUCAGGUGGUUGAGAAGCCGGGUGGCCCCGUCGUCUACAAGAAGAUCCCCGUGCAGAAGCCCGGCCCGGAUGAGGUGCUCAUCAACGUCAAGUACUCGGGCGUGUGCCACACGGAUCUGCACGCCAUGAUGGGCGACUGGCCGCUGCCGCCCAAGCUGCCGCUCGUCGGCGGCCACGAGGGCGCCGGCGUGGUGGUGGCCAAGGGCGAGCUGGUGCAGGACCUCGAGCUCGGCGACCACGCCGGCAUCAAGUGGCUCAACGGCAGCUGCCUUGCCUGCUCCUUCUGCAUGCAGGCGGACGAGCCGCUGUGCCCGCGCGCGCUGCUGUCCGGCUACACCGUCGACGGCAGCUUCCAGCAGUACGCCAUCGCCAAGGCCGCCCACGUGGCCCGCAUCCCCAAGGAGUGCGACCUCGAGGCGGUCGCGCCCGUCCUGUGCGCCGGCAUCACCGUGUACAAGGGCCUGAAGGAGUCGGGCGCGCGCCCGGGCCAGACCGUCGCCAUCGUCGGCGCCGGCGGCGGCCUGGGCAGCAUGGCCAUCCAGUACGCGCGCGCCAUGGGCCUGCGCGUGAUCGCCAUCGACGGCGGGCGCGAGAAGGGCGAGAGCUGCCGGCAGCUCGGCGCGGCGGCGUACGUCGACUUCACCAGCAGCAGCGACCUCGUGCAGGAGGUCAAGCAGGCGACGCCCGAGGGGCUGGGCCCGCACGCGGUGCUGCUGCUGGCCGUGGCGGAGAAGCCGUUCCACCAGGCGACCGAGUACGUGCGCAGCCGGGGCACCGUGGUCUGCAUCGGCCUCCCCGCGGGCGCGUACCUGCGCGCGCCCGUGUUCGACACGGUCAUCCGCAUGAUCAACAUCAAGGGCAGCUACGUCGGCAACCGCCAGGACACGCAGGAGGCGCUCGACUUCUUCCAGCGCGGGCUCAUCAAGGUGCCCUACAAGACGGUCGGCCUCAGCGAGCUGCAGAACGUGUACCAGCUGAUGAAGGAGGGCAAGGUCAUCGGCCGCUAUGUGGUUGAUACCAGCCGGUGAAGGCAGCAAGCAGGUGGAAAGGGGGGUGGCAAAAAUGAGAAAGUUCACACGGAUGGUUGCAUGCUAAUGAUUGUGGAUGGAGUCCAGGGUUUGCACUUUUCAUGGUUGAAUCAGAGUUUCCGCAUCUUAACGCGCCAACCCCUGAGGAAAACCUGUGUACUCAUGCUUGUGCUAAUGCUGCUUGCUAAGUUUGCCUGUGACUACCCAUAUGCCCGCCAUCAUCAGCCAUCCUUCCCGGGCUCUCCCAGCUAUUCCACCACCGGGCGCCUCAUUCCUCCAAAUCAAAUCGUAUACCCGGCGCUAUUAGCCUGCCUCGUCUCUCCGACCGCAUCAAACCGGCCAUCCCACCUCCUCAGCACGCCCUGCACGGCGCUGAGCCCAGGCGCCACCCACUGGACCUCGUGGCCCUUGGCGGCCAGGUCGGCCGCGGCGCCCGCGUCGAACCCGUUCUCGAGCAGCAGCACGUCCGGCAGCAGCUGGUGGUGCAGGCGGGGCGCGGCCACGGCGUCGCGCAAGCCGGCGCCGCGCGCCAGCAGUGCCCAGGCGACCUGCGUGGUGGCGCUGAUGAUGCGCGACCCGCCGGCGGCGCCGGUCGCGAAGAACAGCGUCGCGUUGCGCGCGAACUCGGCGAUGAUGGGCGUGAUGGACGACA